GUCUUCCAGGCUCAGGGCUCUGUGAUGUCAUAGCGGGUGCUGACGAGGGGGGGGGCCAGGGCCGGGCUGUUUUUCUGGAGAGUUAGAGCCGGAAGAGACAAAGCGGAGCUGGCGGGCCAGGCAGCGCCAUGGAGCUGCUGUCCCGAGUCCUGCUCUGGAAACUCGUGCUUCUACAGGGCACUGCUGUCCUGGCAUCCUCAGGGCCAUCAAGGCCGGCGACCGUCGGCAGUGCUGUGGUGUCUGAGGCGGCCGUGAACUGGGCUGCGGGUGACAGGGUCGUGCUGCGGUGCCAGAGCCCGCGCAUGGUGUGGACCCAAGACCGACUGCACGACCGCCAGCGCGUAGUCCACUGGGAUCUCAGUGGCGGCGGCCGCGGCCCCGCGCGCCGGCUCGUGGACAUGUACUCCGCGGGCGAGCAGCGCGUGUACGAGCCGAGCGACCGCGGCCGCCUCCUCCUGUCGCCCUCCGCCUUUCGCGACGGCAACUUCUCCCUGCUUAUCCUCGCGGCGGAGGAGACCGACGAGGGGCUGUACACCUGUAACCUGCAUCACCAUUACUGCCACCUCUACGAGAGCCUCGCCAUUCGCCUGGAGGUCACCGACGAUCCCCUGGCCGCUGGCGCGCGAUGGGACGGCGAGAAGGAGGUGCUGUCGGUGGAGCGCGGCGCGCCUGCGCUGCUGACUUGUGUGAACCGCGCGCACGUGUGGACUGAUCGGCACGUGGAGGAGGCGCAGCAAGUGGUGCACUGGGACCGGCAGCCGCCCGGGGUGCCGCACGACCGCGCAGACCGCCUGCUCGACCUGUACGCGUCAGGCGAGCGCCGCGCCUACGGGCCGCCCUUCCUGCGCGAUCGCGUAGCAGUGGGGGCCGACGCCUUUGCACGCGGCGACUUCUCACUGCGCAUUGACCCGCUGGAGCCAGCAGACGAAGGCACCUACUCCUGUCAUCUACACCACCACUACUGCGGCCUGCAUGAGCGCCGCGUCUUCCACCUGAAGGUCACGGAGCCUAUCGUGGAACCGCGCCCCCGGGACUCGCCAGGCAACGGGUCCAGCCACAGCGGCGCACCGGGCCCAGACCCCACGCUGGCUCGAGGCCGUAGUGUCAUCAACGUCAUUGUCCCCGAGGGCCGGGCCCACUUCUUCCAGCAGCUGGGCUAUGUGCUGGCCACCCUCCUGCUCUUCAUCUUGUUGCUCAUCACUGUCGUCUUGGCUACCCGUACGCGCCGCCACCGCAGAGGAUAUGAGUACUCGGACAAGAAGUCGGGGAAGUCAAAGGGAAAGGACGUGAACAUGGCGGAGUUAACUGUUGUCUCAGGUGAUCAGACUCUUUACAGGGGCGAAGAUAUUCAACUAGAUUACAAAAACAACAUUCUGAAAGAGAGGGCUGAGCUGGUCCACAGUCCCCUGUCUGCCAAGAACAUUGACCUGGACAAAGAGUUCAGGAAGGAGUACUGCAAAUGAAGUAAUCUGGACUCCUGGCUGGGCCAGCAGCUCUGCCACUUCCCAUCUGUCCACCUUGGAGGACGUCCGUCUGACCCCCAUGCGCUUGGUGCCACUGGCCCUCCUCCAGCGGCUGGUCCCGCUUUCCUGGAACUUGGCCUGGACUGGCGCAGAGUGGGCUGCCUCCAUACCCUGCUUUGGAAGCCACCCCAGUUCUCUCAAGCAAUAGUGGGCUCCAUGGGACUCCUGGCUGGCAGCAUGGCCACUGCCCAUCAGCCAGCCCUUGCUGCCUCCUGGGCUCACUGGUGACCCUGUCCCCCCAACACUCCCCUGCCACUGCCCUUGGAUAAGCCAGGAUUCCACCAGCAUUCACCAAGCCUUCAGUCCCUCCUGGCCUCUGCCUACUGAAGGCUGGGAUUGGGGGACAUUCUUGGAGGGGACUCAGAGGUGAUGUGAUGCCCCAGGGCUGGCAUCCCUGUGCCUAUUCUAGGAGCCACUUUGGCAGCCCGGGCUCCCCAGGGCUCCUCUAGGCCCCACCAUGGGUUACUCCGAGCGCCAGCUGGGCUGCAGGCCACUCUGCCUGGGACCUGAGGACUCGGUGCCUUCCAGGCCCAGGACUAAUGCCCCUCUUCACUGCUUUGGGCCACCUGGGGUGCCCCAUUGCCCCUUUCUUUGCUUUCAACCCCCUGCUCCAGCCUUGUUUCCAACGAGCUGCCUUGACAGUCACCGGGCUCUGUGUAACACUUGACCCUGACUGCCUUCUCACAGCUUCUCCCUGGGCUGGAAGCUGGGGCCACAUUUGACUUCUGCUUUUGGCUGAGGACAGAGGAGGGAUGAGGAUGAUUCUGGGGUGGCCUCUGCUGCCAUUCUGACUCCCCACAUUUGCUCCUCCUGGGGAAGUGCCGCUGUCAUAAUAAAGGCCACAUCUGAUUUUUA